AUGCCUAUAAUGGAUCCUUCAAUCAAGAGGGACCACACAUUCAAAGUCAGACAUGAUGAAUGUGUUCUGCUGGAGAAAGAGCUAUCUGAAGGGGAUGUCAAACUUUGCUUGACAUUUUCCAUGGACUCCAAGAGCAACUCUAGUGCCAUCAAUAUAUCUGUCACUUUGUAUGUGGGGGAAGAGAGGGAAGGGCCAUUUGAGUGGCCAGACCCAGAUCCCGAGUACCACAAAUCCAAUGAGCAAUCUCCUGUCGUUCGAGCCCUUGCAGGU